GCCACAAGCAGAGCUGCCCGAAGCUCAGAGUGCCAUCAUGGACGUGAAGAGAAAGAACAAGGAAGACAUGGGAAGAAUUAAAGAGGAGAAUCUCCAUCAGUACAGGAGCCAUCAACAAAACCAGGUGCGAGUGUUGACAUCUCACCGGGCAGCCUGCGAAGAAUUCCAGCCAAUGUCUGGCAAUGAAGGACCCCAAGUUUGGAGUGAGGCACAGGAGCAGUGCCCACCAGAAAUGCUCCAGGUCCAGCACAUCAUGGGCUCUGAUCCUGCUGCCGCAGCAGCAUCAUCCCAAGGAAGCCUUUCUGUCGAACCUGGGAGCUCAAGCUCGGGCAGUUACUUCAUCUCCCUGAAAGAGGAGACUGAGGAGAAGCACCUGGAGAUGCUGGAGAGAAUGGUGAACCAGGAAAAUCCCAUUGUGAUAUACACCGAAAUGGAACACAUUGGCAGCGGGGGUUUUGGACAAGUGGUCAGAGCACUCAACAAUGCCACAGGAGGAGAGGUGGCCAUAAAGAAAAUACAUCUUCAAGGACUGAGAACGAAGGAACUAACUGUUAAUGAAAUCAUGAUCAUGAAGAAGUGUAGGAGUCCCAGUGUUGUGAAUUAUUUAGACAGCUACCUUCUGGGUGAGGAACUCUGGCUGGUCAUGGAGUACAUGGAUGGAGGCGCCCUGAGUGAUGUCAUCCACAAGACCUUCCUGUCUGAAGACCACAUUGCAGCCAUCAGUCGGGAGUGCCUGCAAGGACUGGAUUUUCUUCAUUCAAACAAUGUGAUCCAUCGAGAUGUGAAGAGUGACAACAUCCUUCUCAGAACCGACGGCUCUGUCAAGCUGAGUCAGUAGAUUCUUG